AUGGCUGAGAACGAUAACGAAGUUGUAUAUCUGAGAGUUCAUCUACACUACAAUGGUGUAUUUGUUCGACAUCCUUCUGGAUAUGUUGGUGGGAAUUACUUCCUCUUCACUGAUGUUGAUUGGGCAGGGAUCCGCCCCAUUGUAGAUGAUUUGGAUUUUGCCCAGUUUAUAGAUACCGAGUAUGAAUACGGGGAAAUUUCAGUUUAUGUUGAUCAUAAUGGGAGUGGGUUGGAGGAAUGGUGGGAUGAUGACAUGAAUCUGGUUGUUAGUGAAGAUAAUGUAAGUGGCCUUAAAGAUGAUGGUGUACCUAGAAAUGAAGGAAACACUGUCCCUGAUGAAACCCAUCCCAAUAUAGGUCUUGAAGAUGAAGUAAUUGACAUUGACAAAAUACCUUUGAACAAGACAAGUGGGGAUGAGUUUCUUAGUGAAAGAUCAGUGAAUGGUGGUGUAGGAGGAGUGCAAGGAUCAGUAAAUAGUGGUGCAGGAGGUGUGCAUGGAUCAGUGAAUGGUUGUGCAGGAGGUGUGCAUGGUGGUGAAGGUGGUGGAGUGCAUGGUGUUCGAAAGAAAAAGGUUAAAGCAAGGGACGUAGGGGUUGCUGUUAGAACAAGAAAGCCUUCUGAGAGAAUUUUGAAAACCAAACUUGCAAAAGCAGUGUAUGGGAAAAAUGGUGAAGGCAGCUCAACAACAAAUGCAGUGGAUAUAGAUUAG